UUGCUCAUCGCGACGAGGGCGGGGAGCGGCGGGGCCGGCCGGUGACUUCAUCGCGGCUUCCUGGCCCGCGGCUGGGCGGGCGGGCAUAAAAGCAGCCCUCGGCAGGCAGCCCCAGCCACAAAAGCCGCAGCGCCGAGCAAGAGUCGCUCCCGCCAGACAGAGAGAGAAACCAAGCAGGAUGCCUCUGCCGUCGAGAACGAUCCCCGGAGCCUCCCGGAGCCUGGUCUGGGCUGUCACCCUGGCGGGGCUGCUGGCCCUGUCCUGGGCGUCCCCGGCGCCCCUCGCCCGGCCGGGUGUCUCCCGCGUGGCCAGCCUCUCCACCGACUUCGGCGUGCGCGUCUUCCGCGAGGUGGCCGCCGCCUCCGGCGAGCGCAACGUGGCCUUCUCUCCCUACGGCGUCGCCUCCGUCCUGGCCAUGCUGCAGAUGGCCGCCGCCGGCGAGACGCGGAGACAGAUCCAGGACAGCAUGGCUUUCAGCCUCGACGAGUGGGGCACCCCCAGAGCCCUGCGUUGGUUGCAGAAGGCGCUGACGGACCCCAGGAACAAAGACGUAGUGGACACGGCCGACGCCCUCUUUGUGCAGAGGGACCUGGAGCUCAGCCCGGGGUUCAUGCCCCACUUCCACCGGGUCUUCCGCCAGACGGUCAAGCAGGUGAACUUCACGGAGAGCGAGGAAGCACGCAGGAUCAUCAACAGCUGGGUGCAGGACCGCACGAAAGGGAUGAUCCAGGACUUCCUGCCCGAGGGGACCCUGGACCACAUGACCCGCCUGGUCCUGGUGAACGCCAUCCACUUCAAGGGCCUCUGGAACCUGCCCUUCCCAGAGGCGGCCACCAGGGAGCGCCUCUUCCACAAGCUGGACGGGAGCACCCUCUCCGUCCCCAUGAUGGAGCAGACGGCAAAGUGCAACUACGGUGAAUUCUCCAGCCCUGCAGGAGUGGAGUACGAUGUCAUCGAGCUGCCCUACCAGGGGGAGACCCUCAGCAUGCUCAUUGCCGCCCCCUUUGAGCUGGACACCCCGCUCUCUGCCCUGACCAACAUCAUCGACUCCCAGCUGGUGGCCGAAUGGAAGAGGAACAUGACAGAAGUGACAAGGCUCCUGGUCCUACCCAAAUUCUCCUUGGAGAGCGAAGCGGACCUCCGGGGGCCCCUGGAGACCCUGGGAAUGAAGGACAUGUUCGACGCAAGAAAAGCCAACUUCAGCAGCCUGUCAGACCAAGAAUCCCUCUUCGUGGCUCAGGCCCUGCAGAAGGUGAAGAUCGACGUGAAUGAGAGCGGGACGGAGGCCUCCUCUGCCACAGCUGUCAUCAUCUACGCCCGGAUGGCCCCCCUGGAGAUUGUGAUGGACAGGCCCUUCCUCUUCCUUGUGCGACACAACCCAACCGGCACCAUUCCUGUUCAUGGGGCAGGUGAUGGAGCCCUGAGUGACCGCACCUCAUUCAGCCAGAAUCUCUCAGGAGCCGGAAGAAGUUUUUCCUCCCUUUCUGUUCCCCUCCCUCUACAUUCCCCCAAACCCCAAAGAGAGACCUGCCGCCAGCCGUGACCUCCCUCCGCCCUGCUGCUGAGUGGUAGCACCAGGCGCAGCGCCCUCUCACCCCCCCCCAGGGAAGAAGCCUCAGUUGGUCUUUCGGCUGGGAAGAGGCUGCCAGCUCCGCUGCCCCCUGGGAGACCCGCUCUUCGGAAAGACGAGGCUCCCACCACGAUGUCCGCACAGCCGCUUCUGCCUCCACCAGAGUCUUCAUUGCUGGGGGGCCAGGGAGCGACUGAGCACCCUUGCUCACCCUCGGAUGGGGUGGGCCUGUGGCCAUGCCAAGAAAUCCCCGAUGAUGUGUGCCCCCUACCUCACACUGGACUGGAACCCUGCCCAGUCAGGGCUAGUGGCUUCAUUUGAUGUUUACGCCGGAGUAGAGCAGGGAUCUCUGCCUUCUCUCUUUAUUAUUAUUAUUAUUAAGUAUGUAUGUAUGUAUGUGUUUGGAGUGGGGGGGAUGAGGGUUGUGUGUCCCCCCCCAUCGGAUGUGGAUGGGUGGGGGCUGCAGAUUAGCACUUUGAAUACGUCCAUUUUCCUUCUGCACUGCUGAGAUGGACAUUUGUUAUGAAGUAUGUUUUGACAGAGAGGCUUAAUAUAUGUUUGGCUUACUGUUUGAAUUUAAUGAAAUACGUUGUUGGGGUGAUGAUGAUGGUGGUGGAGAUGUGGGCAACCUUCCCCUCCUCCUCCUCUUGUGCCCCCCUGAGGAAGGGCAGCAUCUCUCCCGUGGGGCAAACCGCUCAUUGCCGUUCCUUCUUGCUCUGGAAAGGGCUAAGAAAACUGCACGCAUCUCCAAGCGCUCCCGAAAGUAAUCUCCAACUUUCUUUCCAACCCAAACACGCCUGGCCUUAACACGGCCCAGUCUUCCUUACAGGGAGACCUUUGAGAUGCUACGGAUUCUGCAAUCUCUGGCACACAGAAGGAGCCCUUUUGCCCAGACCCCCAAGAGCCAUGGGGUCUUCACCAAGCAAAAAACCAGAGGCCUCUCUUUCGGAAACCCUGCCAAGUUUCGAGGCAAGCUUGCCGCGACCCACACGGGCCCAGAAGCUGCUGCGAAUGGCGCUCUGCCAGCAGCGUUUGCCAGCCUGAGGGUCGUCCCCCCCCCUCCAUUUCUGCUUAAUGGCUCUCUGGCCCGAGUUCCCCCCGUCCUUGUGAUUUCCCAGGACGGCUUCCAGUUAAUUGUAAAAAUGGCAGUGGGAUUGCUGAGCCCAGCAGACGCGAUGUUUUGCCCAGAGGCCUUGGCUGCCCUCCAAGUGGAUUAUCCCCUCCGGAUCCGCUGAGCCGGGCGGCUGCCGGGGACCCCCCAGCGAGGGCCCUUGAAGGCUGAGCUUGGUACAAAUUGGGGAGGAAGUGGAGGGCACCCCCCACAUAGGUGGGGAAGGACGUCCCAAAGGAAAGGUGGUUUUGUGCAGCGUUGGCGCUGAAAGAGAGCAAACUGGAAGCGUUUGGGGAGCAAGUCAAUUCUGAGCGCCCCCCUCCUCAAGAGGUAAAAGUGCCAGCAUUUAGCUAUUUAAUUGGGGCCUGGGAGUCACCUUGAGAUUCAGGUGCCUGAUGAUUUUAGCUGACUCAGGAGCACCCGUCUCUUGUGAGAGGGCGUCUGUUUUCCCCUCCAUUGACCAAUUGCCCCACGGCUAGUCUCUGCCUUGCACUUAGGGGUCACACCUGCCCCCUGCCCCCUUGCGCUGCCUCAAAAACCAGUAUUUAUACAGAGAGAUCUAAAUUCUAAUCCUAGAGGAGGUUAUUUUUUCACUUUUCUGUACAGAAAUCUGAUUUAUAUUUGUAUGUAUAUAACUAUUUCUAUACGUGCGUUUGCGGGGAGAGUAUUUUGCAUUCUACUUUUGAUAGGAAAUAAAAACACUACGACCAUC